UUUGACAUAUCAGGUGCCUCUGUGGAAUGUACUAUGUAGUUAUUGGGUGUUGUAUGAGGUUGUUAUUGGAUGAAAUAAAUACUGUAUAAAAGUUCUGUUUUGAAAUGUCUGUACAAUUUCCUCCGUGUCCAGCUUCACUGAAGUCGUUGCAGCAUUAUCUAAAGGCGGCUGCUGAACACGAUCAGCGCGAUCCAGUAAUCAGUUACUGGUGUCGCCUGUUCGCUUUGCAGCUAGGAUUAAAAAUAGAUCGCAAAUCGGAUGAAGCAAAGGCGUUGCUUACAUCUAUUAUGGACUGGCUGGAAACACAGAAGAAAUCGUUAUCAGAUAAUGAAGCAGUGACAAACGACGUCGCAGCACAAGCACACAUCGAAAAUUAUGCCCUCAAACUAUUUUUAUAUGCUGACAGUCAGGACAGAGCUGCUAAUUUCGGCAAGAAUGUGGUGAAAGCCUUCUACACCGCAGGAGUCUUGUAUGACGUACUGACAACAUUUGGAGAAUUAACUGAUGAAGCGACACAGAAUCGCAAGUAUGCCAAGUGGAAGGCAGCCUAUAUACAUAAUUGUUUGAAAAAUGGAGAGACACCUGUACCUGGUCCGAUGCAAGAGAAUGAGAUGGAUGAGAACACUAACCAACCAGGAGAGAAUACUAGUGCUGGUCCUGCUGCUGGAACUAGUGAAAAUGACUUGGGGAGCUUCAGUGGAAUUACAGGGACAAGCCAAAUGGGAUUUAUCUCCCCACCAGCAUCAUCAUCUUCUUCUGCUGGCCCAAGUUUUCCCAAUGUGUCGAAUAAAGUGACAGACAUCCCUGCUCCAUAUACAGUUCCACAACCACUUACGCCAACAGAAGGUUUGCCAUUAAAUCCAACUUUGCAAAUCAGUAAGCCUCUGCCAACAGGUAAUGGAAGUUCAGCUUCACUGAAUCCAGCACAGAUCACAAAGGCUCAGAAGUAUUGCAAGUGGGCAAGUAGUGCCUUGAACUAUGAUGAUGUACCAACCGCCAUAGAAAACCUGGAGAAAGCAUUAGUUCUGCUUCGGACUGGUGCAGAUACGGGUUAAUUGCCUAAUUGUCAACAAACUAAAAAGAGCAGUUUCUGUAAUUUUUUAUGCUAAUACACUUUUCAAACUAAAAUGUUUACAAAAUUAAAUUUCCAUUUUACGAUGUGUUGUUAACUGAUGGAGAAAAGCUCAUAGUAAAUAUGCUUGGUACUUCGCUUCCUGUUGAUGAUUAUUGAAAAUGUAUGAUUUCUUGCGUAUGGUUAUGCAUGUACUAGCAUAAUUUAUGUAAAGUCAUCUUGCGAAUAUAAAGAUAUUGAUUUUCAGCAAAUAAGAGGAAUUGUAGAUGUUUACAACAUAUAUCAUAAUUAAAUUAUUUUCUUAUGACAAGAAUGGAAAUUCUUGGAUAGAACGAUACAUAAAAUAAGAAAAAGGCAACUGCUCACCUACAGCAAACUGAUGUGUGGCACAUAGCCAUGUAACAGAAAACAGUAUGCACUCGCCUUUGAGCUCUGGUUCUUCUUCUGGCAGGGAGUGCACACUCACAACCACACAGUUAACAAAACGCGCACUACUGUGGCCACAGCAACACAUGAAUGUAAUAUGGUUCUACCAGACAUAGAUUUUUGUUUCGUUUCUCUAACAUUUAUUUUUCAAGGUAAUAAACUUACUGCAAUAUUUACAGCUCCCUCUUCUUCAAUAAAUGUUCAUCACUACAUUACUAACUUCCUAUCUGAUGAGCUUACUUCUUUCUAGCUUUGAAUUGCAUGUUGAGAGUCUAUGACAACAUUAAUUUUGAGAGUGGUAUAAGACCAUCAAUUCCUGUGCAUACUAUUUUCUGUUACAUGUGUCUGUAUGCCACCCAUCAGUCUGCUAAAGGUAAAUGAUUGCCUUUCUCUUAUUUUACAAAUUAUUCAUUGAUCUAUUUUGUAAUCAGAUGAACCAUAAAUUAAAUAUUAAAGCUUACCUGGACUUUGUAUAUACUAAACAGUGGAAGAUCCAGGAUGGAAUGUAACAAUAUCAUGAAGAGGAAAGUUGCUGCUCACCAUAUAGGGGAGAUGCUGAAUCAUAGGCACAACAAAAAGACUGUCACAAACACUCUCUCUCUCUAUUUUUUUUUGACAAUGGCCAAAAGCUUAUUUCUGACAGUGUCUUUGGUGUGCGUAUCUGCAACUCGGCAUCUCCACUAUAUGCUUUGCGCAUACCAGAUACUUACAGCAAGCCUGGCAGGCUUAAAAAUGAAAAUAGUCCUGGUGCAAUUAUGUUGGUUUUGCAGAUUCUGACUAUGUGCUCUUCUUCUUUAAGUGUUGUUGAUGUCUGUUUUCUUAUGAUUAGUUAUUUAGCAUGACUUUCACGCAUAUAAUCUGCUUGAAAUCUGAUGAAGCCAUAACCCACUUACAUUUAAUAGGUUAAGUGUUCAGUUAUCAUCAAACUUGAGACAACCUGGUCCUAAGUUUCAAGAACUGUUAAAUCAUGUGGACUGUCAAAUAUUUAGAAUAGUGAAUAAGAUGAUUAACAACGUUCUAUUGAAAGGCUGUGCUUGUAAUUUUGUAAUAAAGAUCAUGUGAGCUUGAUGUUCUGAUUAAA